CUCCUCCCUCGCUCUCGUCCCCGAAGACGGAAGCCUGCGGAAAAGUGAAGAGGAGCGGAGUUGACAACAUGGGGGGCUCCAAAGUGAAGGUGGCGGUGCGGAUCCGACCCAUGAAUAAGAGAGAAAUAGAUCUGCAUACAAAAUGUGUGGUAGAUGUGGAGGCAAACAAAGUUAUUCUUUAUCCUGUGAACACUAACCUUUCAAAAGGAGAUGCUAGGAGCCAACCAAAGGUGUUUGCCUAUGAUCACUGCUUCUGGUCUAUGGAUGAAACUAACAAAGAAAAAUAUGCAGGUCAAGAUAUUGUUUUCAAGUGCCUUGGUGAGAACAUUCUCCAGAAUGCCUUUGAAGGUUACAAUGCGUGCAUUUUCGCCUAUGGACAGACCGGAUCUGGAAAAUCCUACACAAUGAUGGGCACAGCUGAUGAACCUGGAUUAAUACCUCGGCUCUGUAGCAGUCUCUUUGAAAGAGCCCAGCAAGAGGAGAGCGAAGAGCAGAGUUUUAAGGUGGAAGUAUCCUACAUGGAGAUUUAUAAUGAGAAAGUCAGAGAUCUCCUGGACCCAAAGGGGAGCCGUCAAUCUUUAAAAGUCAGAGAGCACAGUGUUUACGGACCUUAUGUAGAUGGUCUUUCAAAACUAGCUGUUGCCAGUUACAAGGACAUAGAGUCUUUGAUGUCUGAAGGCAAUAAAUCUCGUACAGUUGCUGCAACAAACAUGAAUGAAGAGAGUAGUCGAUCCCAUGCUGUUUUCAAAAUUAUCCUCACACACAUAUUGUAUGAUGUAAAAUCAGGGACCUCUGGUGAGAAAGUAGGCAAGUUGAGCCUGGUUGACCUGGCAGGCAGUGAAAGAGCAACCAAGACAGGAGCUGCAGGCGACAGGUUGAAGGAAGGAAGCAACAUCAACAAAUCUCUCACAACUCUUGGGUUGGUCAUUUCAGCCCUGGCAGAUCAAGCUGCUGGAAAAAAUAAGAACAAGUUUGUUCCUUAUCGUGACUCAGUGCUCACCUGGCUGCUCAAAGAUAGCCUUGGUGGCAAUAGUAAGACUGCAAUGGUUGCUACUGUCAGUCCAGCGGCAGAUAAUUACGAUGAGAUACUUUCUACCUUGAGGUAUGCAGACCGAGCCAAGAACAUUGUGAACCAUGCUGUGGUCAAUGAAGAUCCCAAUGCCCGAAUCAUCCGGGAACUGAGGGAGGAAGUAGAAAAACUCAGGGAACAGCUUACCAAAGCAGAGGCUAUGAAAUCUCCAGAAUUAAAAGAUCGUUUGGAAGAGUCUGAAAAACUUAUUCAGGAGAUGACAGUAACCUGGGAAGAGAAGCUCAGGAAGACAGAGGAAAUUGCACAGGAACGGCAGAAACAACUGGAAAGCCUCGGCAUCUCUCUUCAGUCAUCUGGGAUCAAAGUGGGUGAUAACAAGUGUUUUCUGGUGAAUUUGAAUGCUGACCCUGCACUCAAUGAACUUUUGGUCUACUAUUUAAAGGAGCACACACUCGUUGGAUCUGAUAAUUCUCAAGACAUACAGCUCUGUGGAUUGGGGAUUCUUCCUGAACAUUGUAUAAUAGAUAUUAUUGGGGAUGGACAAGUCAUGUUGACACCUCAGAAGAAUACUAGGACAUUUGUGAAUGGCACAGCUGUUGUAGGUCCCACACAGCUACACCACGGUGAUAGAAUUUUGUGGGGAAACAAUCACUUUUUCCGGCUGAAUUUGCCCAAAAAGAAAAAGAAAGUAGAAGCAGAGGAUGAAGACAAAGAUAGUUCAAUGAAAGGAAGCAACAGCUCUGAGCAGCUGGAUUUAGAUGGAGACAGUUCCAGCGAGGUAUCCAGUGAAAUCAGCUUCAACUAUGAAUAUGCCCAGAUGGAAGUAACCAUGAAAGCUCUUGGAGGAAAUGAUCCAAUGCAGUCCAUUUUACAAAGUCUAGAGCAACAGCACGAAGAGGAGAAACGGUCAGCACUGGAGCGGCAGCGACUCAUGUACGAGCAUGAACUAGAACAGCUCCGGAGACGCCUGUCUCCAGAGAAGCAGCAUUUCCGCACCAUGGACAGGUUUUCCUUCCAUUCUCCCAAUGCACAGCAACGUUUACGCCAGUGGGCGGAAGAGAGAGAAGAGAUGCUCAACCACAGUCUAAGGAAACUGAGAGAGCAGAUUAUGAAGGCCAACCUGUAUGUUAGAGAAGCCAACUUCAUUGUAGAAGAGAUGGACAAAAGGACUGAAUACAAGGUUACCCUCCAAAUCCCAGCCUCAAGCCUUAAUGCAAACAAAAAGCGGGGUGCAAUACUUAGUGAGCCAGCCAUUCAGGUGAGACGAAAAGGGAAAGGCAAACAAAUCUGGUCCCUGGAGAAACUGGAGAACCGGUUGGUAGAUAUGCGAGACCUCUAUCAAGAAUGGAAAGACUGCGAAGAAGACAACCUGGUUAUGAGGUCUUAUUUUCGGCGAGCAGAUCCUUUUUAUGAUGAGCAAAAGAACCACAGCCUCAUUGGAGUUGCCAAUGUCUUCCUUGAGUGUCUCUUUUAUGACGUGAAGCUGCAAUACGCUGUGCCCAUCAUCAAUCAGAAAGGAGAGAUAGCAGGUCGCCUGCAUGUUGAAGUGGUACGUGUGAGCGGAGACAUCGGGGAGAGAAUUGCAGGAGGCGAUGACAGUUUGGAGGGCUGCUUUGAGAAUGAUCUCCAGGAACACAAGUUAGUGUGCAUGAUUAAAAUUCUUCAAGCUACUGGUUUGCCUCAGCAUCUCUCCAAUUUUGUGUUCUGCAAGUAUUCUUUCUGGGACCAGCUGGAACCUGUGGUGGUUGCCCCUGAAAUGGAUCCUUUUUUGUCUCCCGUCAGCAAGGAGCCACAGUGCAUGGUUGUCUUUGACCAUUGCAAUGAAUUCUCUGUCAAUAUCACUGAAGAUUUUAUGGAAUAUCUUUCUGAUGGUGCCCUAGCUAUUGAAGUAUACGGGCACAAGCACUGUGAUUCUCGCAAAAUCCCAGCACUGUGGGAUUUAGGAAUAAUUCAAGCCAAAACAAGAAGCCUCCGAGACAGGUGGAGUGAGGUCACUCGCAAAGUGGAGCUAUGGGUUCAGAUUCUGGAACUCAAUGAGAAUGGAGAAUACUGUCCAGUAGAAGUAACUCCAGCAAAGGAUGUACAUUCAGGUGGCAUUUUUCAGCUCAAGCAGGGACAGUCACACCGAAUCCAAGUGGAAGUGAAAUCUGUGCAAGAAUCAGGAACAUUGCCUCUCGUGGAAGAAUCCAUCGUAUCUGUAGCAGUGGGCUGUGUGCAGAUCAGAAAUAUCAAGUCACCAAAAAGUCAUGAGAAUUAUCAGGAGGAAGAUGAUGACAUGGACAGCUAUCAGGACAGAGAUCUAGAAAGGCUGCGCAGGAAAUGGUUAAAUGCUCUUACAAAACGCCAAGAGUAUCUAGAUCAACAACUGCAGAAACUUGUGGGAAAGCCUGACAAAUCAGAAGAUGAUGUUGAUCGGGAAGCUCAACUGUUAGAGAUGAGGUUGACCCUUACAGAAGAGAGGAAUGCUGUAAUGGUGCCAUCUGCUGGCAGUGGGAUCCCUGGAGCACCUGCUGAGUGGACACCUGUGCCUGGUAUGGAGACACACAUUCCAGUCAUUUUCCUUGAUUUAAAUGCAGAUGACUUCAGCUCUCAGGAUAAUCUUGAUGAGCCAGAAGCUGGUGGCUGGGAUGCUACCCUUGUUGCUGAAGAUGAAGAUGAAUUCUUUGAGUUACAGAUUGUAAAGCACCACGAGAGUGAGGUAAAAGCUGAAGCUUCCUGGGAUUCCACAGUUCACAACUGUGCACAGCUUAGCAGAGGAACAAUGGCUGAACAGAGAGUCUUCCUGAUUGUGAGAGUUGCAGUACAGCUCAGCCAUCCAGCAGAAAUGCAGCUUGUCCUUCGUAAGCGGAUCUGUGUCAAUGUUUAUGGCAAACAGGGUUUUGCUCAGAGUUUCCUGAGAAGAAUGUCUUACCGGAGUUCUGUACCUGGCUGUGGAAUCACCUUUGAAAUUGUUUCAAAUAUCCCAGAGGAUGCUCAGGGGGCAGAGGAACGUGAGGCAUUAGCAAGAAUGGCGGCCAAUGUUGAAGACGCAGCUUCUGCUGCUUCAGAAGUCCAUAUAGAAAAAUACCUUAGAAGUGUGUUGGCUGUAGAAAACAUCCUUACUCUUGAUCGGUUGCGCCAGGAGGUUGCUGUGAAGGAACAGCUAACAGGCAAGGGAAAACUUUAUCGGAAGAGUCUCAGUUCACCAAAUGUCAAUCGACUAUCAGGAAGCCGCCAAGAUCUAAAUCCAUCAUACAGCCUUGCUUCUUACAAAAGUCGAUGGGAAAGCCAGCAAGAUAUUUCUCAGAUUUCAACAGAAUCCAGGUCCAGUGCAAGUCUCCAUGGGUCAACUCACCAAAAUGGUUCUACAGACCAAGGACUCAGUAGUCUGGCUGCCUCUUACUUGAAUCCAGUGAAGUCCCUCAUGCCUCAGAUGCCAAAGUUGCUCAAAUCUCUGUUUCCUGUUAGAGAUGAAAAAAAGGGCAGGCAGACCUCUCUCCUUGCACAGCAGCCAGUCCCACGAAUUAUGGUUCAGCCUGCCAGGAUUGAUGCCAGUCCCGCAAAAACCCAACAGGUUACCGAGGGACAAGGAAGCAAAGGACCUUUUGAGGUGGCUUUGCAGUUGACAGAGUUGGGGAAGAACCUUGAAAAACCAACCAAAGUGCCUUUACAGCAGUCCACAGUGGACAUCCAAGCACAAGAUUCUCAAGAAGGUCCACCAAGUCCCUUGAGUGAAGCCUCCAGUGGAUACUUCUCUCACAGUGUUUCUACAGCAACCCUUUCUGAAGCACUUGCAUCAGGAAACGACCCCCAUCUUCAACCCAGUAGUCAGACCUCCACCACAAAUGAUGCCCCCUCAAUUUCAAAAACUCCUAAGGUGGUGUCUUCAACAGAUAAUCCUAUAAAAUCAUGUUCUGAUUUAGCUUCUCAAUGUUGCCAUUCUCUUCCAAAGAGGGAUCCAGUUCUCCCUGGCCUUAAAGAUGAUCAAAUAGACAAUGAGAAAAUGAGCUAUAAUGGCAACUUAAAAUCAAGAUCUGUUGAUUCUGCUAUUGCUCUAAAUGAUGAUCAGGUUUCUCCCUCCCUAGUUACUGAAGAUACACAUUGCUGUUCUAUCUCUCCUAAUAAGAAACAAAUACAAUUGACACAGACAACCAUCUUAUUACCAUCAGAGAGCCCUCCUUCUGUCCCAAAGGAGGUUCCCAUUUAUAAAACAGGACCUUCAAAAUCUCCAGCUACGGUUGACCUGCCUUCUCAGUCCAGCACUACAACUUCUCCCUUCAAAAUCCAAAGAGUACGAACAUCAGAACUCAAGUCCUUCUCCAGUAUGUUGAGUGGGGAUCCGGGAGCUUCUUUGUGUUCAGAGGAAGAAAAGAGCAGACAGAAUUCAGAAGACUCAGAAGACCAGAACAACAGCGUAGAUGCUGGUUCUGAAGAGAAGUUGGAUGCAGCAGCAUCUGACUCAGAAGAAACCAAUGAAAUCCCAGACUGGCUGAAAGAAGGCGAAUAUGUAACUGUUGGCACGAAUAAAAUAGGCACUGUGAGAUAUGUUGGUCCAACAGACUUCCAGGAGGGAACCUGGGUUGGAGUUGAGUUGGAUUUGCCAUCAGGUAAGAACGAUGGUUCAAUUGGAGGCCGGCAGUACUUCAAAUGCAAUCCAGGCUAUGGGCUCCUUGUGAAGCCAAGUCGAGUCAAAAGAGCUACAGGUUCUGCAAGGCGGCGGAGUGCUGGAAUGAAACUACAGGGCACAACUGGGACCGCAACUGAGCACCGGCGGAGUGGCACCUUCUCAGGCUCUGCCUCCAACUUGGCUUCUUUGACUGCUUUAGCCAAGACAGAAGGAGGAUCAGUUCCACGGACUGAGAAAAGUAAAAAGAAUGCAGAAAACAGGAAAUCAUGGGCUACUUGAGAGCAUCUCCCAAAGGGCAUGUCUGCCUGGCUCGCAACACUACUGUGUGAAACUGACCCUUCCUUCCUUCCUUCCCUUCCUUCCCUUCCCUUCCCUUCCCUUCCCUUUCCUUUCCUUUCCUUUCCUUUCCUUUCCUUUCCUUUCCUUCCUUUCCUUCUUUCCUGAAUGGCCUUUCUUUGCACUACUAAGCCAGUUGGAGGAGAUGGUUGAUGUGUGUCAGAGUAUAUGAGUAUUCUGGAUUUCUUUUACUGAAAUUUGUUGGUCUUUGUCAUGAUGGAGUAACAUUAGGCUCUUGAUGCAAAUGGUGACCUUUCCCAGUGUGUUUUUCCAAAUCUCUCCUUUCAUUCCCCAGCCAUUCAAAGGAAGUCUUCUAUAAGAGAUGUUGGCAGGGCUUAUUUUCUUAGAAAGACUGCCAAAUGCUGCUUACUAGCAAAAUGUUGCCCUUCCAAGUCUCAUCAUUAAACCACAGUGAACCAAUGAGAAUCAUAGAAUUUGGCAGAUCACAGCCUAUUGGAAAAAGUGCCUGUCUUUAAGACUUCUUUUAUGAUCUUUAAACUGUUCUUGUUGAUAUCAGUGGGGAAAUAUUGUCCCUCGUUCUACUGGAAUGACGAUUGGGGACUAGCAUACAUGCACAUUGCUUUUCUUUUCUUUUAAAAUUCUCAAUCCAAUCUGUGAUUACAGUCUAACAUAUCUGACCUUUUCCAUUUAAAUGGAAGAGUAAAUAGUGCAUUUUUUUUCUUCUAGUGGUUUAUUAUUAUGGUUGGCUACACAGUCAGACAGAGGUUUAGAUCGGAUUUGGCUUUUUUAUCAACCUAUCAUGUCCUUCCCCAAGGACCUUGGGCAGGCAGAUGUUAUUGUUUCAUGUUAAAGGUUUUAUUACUAUUAUUAUUAUUAUUAUUAUUUUCAGCAUUCCCUUCAGUGCUGUUGUAUUUAUAAAGUAAACCUCAGCAUUUGGCAUUCUUUGCCUUUGUUUUAAGUAACAUAACACAAAGAGGGAAUUCAAAGCCCUAGAGGUAAGGUGGGCCUUCCUUACGAUCUGGAUUUUCACUAGUGAUAAACCUGGUUAAACUAUGUGUGUCCAUGUUGCUAGAGCUAUAUAUUUAUUUGUUAUUUAUUGUUUUCUUUUUAAAGAGAAGCGUAGGGAAUCCCUUGCGACUUACAAUCAACCCACUGCCUACCGUUGCACAGAAACACACACGGUUCAGGGUAAUCAUCUUCUUUCCAUAUACUCACCCUGUCUUCCUCCCAUGGAAGAAGAGGGGGUGAAUUCAAAAUGAAUAUACGUUUUUUGUGCCUGCAGGAUUUUGAGGUCACAACUUGAAUGCUGUGCAUAAUUUCCAUGGGUGCAAUUGGAUCUUAUCUGCAGAACUUUUAACCAGCAAUGGCUUCUCCAUGGCUUGAAAAUCUCUGUUGGAUAAGUCCCACCAGGGAGAUAAAAUUAGCUUUGUUGCCCAGAUAGAAAGAGGUUUAGCUAUUUUUAAAAUGAGGGUAAAUAGCUCAGGGGUGAAUCAGAUGCUUUGCCUGCAGCAGGUUCCAGGUUGAAGCCAGCUACGGAGAGCGCUGAGAAAGGUCCUUGCUCAACAAAGACUCAGGAGAACAAUUGCCGGGAAGCUGUGUUACAUGGGCCAGGGGUUUGGCCUUGGAUAAUCUGGCUUCUGAUGCUCCUUUGGAAGAAGGCAGGAAUAUCCAAAGUAAAAUGGUUGGGAAUUGAGCAGAGGGAUUUUAUGGAGGAUAUUAGGCAAUGGCAGACGUGCCUAAAUGAUGCCAAUGAGAGGAAAAAUCUUUCAGCUCCACAGUUGCCACCAAAAGAUAACAGAGACUGAGAAGGAGAGCUGCUGGACUAUUCUAAGGGCUUGCUUUGUAGCAUAUAAAUUCCCAUGACCUAUAUUUUUAUAUCCUCCUUCCAUAUGCUGCUAAUAGACUCUCUUUGUACUGGUGAGCUUAAGGAAAUUGAUCUAACUAUUACAUCUUAAAUGACUUCCUUCUGUACUAAUCUGAUUUUCUAACUGAAGAAAACUGUUUUACAAUUAAAGCUGCUGCUAAGGAGAAUGAAGAAAUUGGUAGCAGCACUUAGCAGUUUCCAUUUUCUCACUUGCUUUGUGUAUAUAUUUUAUGGUUGUAGAACAUUUACAUGAUUUCAAGUGGUCUUUUUUUUUCAACAAGAAAGACGAUUUCGAAAUCUUAAAAGACCUUCCUGCCAAUCCAGGCAGGAUGAAAUUACAUUGAAGCCUUGUUAAAAUCAAUGCACUAAUAAUGUUCUUAGAUUUCUGCCCUCCUUCAGGACUGCUUUAUUGGGUGGGUGACAAACACUAGAAGAAUGGCCAAACACUGUCCUGCUUACAACUAUAACUUGGAUGGCUACUUUCUGUUUAACUGCCUACUAUUGAAUUUUAAUUUUUUUAAUCAUUUUUAUUAAAAGUUUUACAAAGGAUAUAAAAAUGAACAACUAAUAAAAAUAAAAAGAGGAAAAGGUAGAUAAAAAAAGACAAAAAG